CCUGGGCUGGACUACACCCUAAAAAUGCUUGGACCCCAGGCUAGUAUGUGCAGGUGUCAGUUGAAUGGAAUUAGCCCUUUUUUCAAGCAGAAACUCUGCAGAACCUUCAUACCAGCUUUGUGUUUCAGUAUACCUUUCAGCAUUCCACUGAGCCAGGUAUCGGACUGGUUGCCUCAAUGAACUUUGCCCCCAACUCUUCUGUACAGCCAUGGCCCCACCCCAGGCCACCACCCUUCUUGAUCAGAUCCUACCUUUCCCUCCCUCCUCUGACUUAAAAGUCAGCCAGUCUGGGCUCAGGCACUCCGUGAAAGCUCAGGCACAGAGCUCUUCUACUCAUGGCUCGACUCGUGACGCUCCUGGUGGUCUGCAUUGUUCAGCCCAUCUCCCGUGGGAUUCCUGUAAAGCCAGCUUUAGAGGAGAAAACACAAGAGUACUGGAACCAGAAAGCAAAAAGAGAUCUGGACUCUGCUCUCAAAAUGGAGCCCAUCAACCACCAAGCCAAGAACCUCAUCUUGUUCCUGGGAGAUGGGAUGGGAGUUUCCACAGUGACUGCCAUGCGCAUCCUGAAGGGGGAGCUGCUGAACAUAUCAGGAGAGGCCGCCACACUAACCACGGACACUUUUCCAUAUCUCGCUCUUUCUAAGACCUACAACGUAGACAGGCGAAUCCCUGACAGUGCAGGAACUGGAACUGCAUAUCACUGCGGGGUCAAAGCUAAUGCUAAAACUGUUGGGGUGAGCAGUGCUGCCGAGCCGUCCAAAUGCAGUACCACUUUUGGCAAUGAAGUUACAUCUGUCCUGCACAGAGCCAAAGAGCAAGGCAAGUCUGUAGGAAUUGUGACCACCACUCGAGUACAACAUGCUUCUCCUGCUGCUUCCUAUGCCCACUCAGUGAACAGAGACUGGUACAGUGAUGCUGACCUUUCCAAGGAUGCCAUUGAUGGAGGGUGCAAGGACAUUGCGCUACAGCUGAUUGAGAAUACAGACAUCGAUGUGAUCCUCGGUGGAGGUCGGAUCUACAUGACUCCUCAAGGCACUCCAGACCCCGAAUACCCAAGCAGUACUUCAUCAAAAGGAAUGAGAAAAGACAAUAAAAAUCUCAUCAGUAUGUGGCAGGAAAAACACAAGUCAAAGGUAGCUAAAUAUGUGUGGAAUAAGGUGGAGCUGGAUGCUGUUGAUUUGCGGACCACUGACUACCUCAUGGGACUUUUUGAACCAAAAGACAUGAAGUACGAAUUGAACCGAAACAAAACCUUAGACCCCUCAAUUGCGGAGAUGACUGAGAAAGCCAUCGAAAUCCUCAAAAAAAACCCCAAGGGAUUUUUCCUCUUUGUUGAAGAUAAUGGCAGAAUUGAUCACGGCCAUCAUGACACCAAGGCAAAGCAGGCCUUGACUGAGGGGGUGAUGUUUGACCAGGCAAUUCAGCGGACUUUGCAGAUGAUCAAUGAGACCGAGACCCUCACAGUAGUGACUGCUGAUCAUUCUCAUGUCUUCACCUUCGGAGGAAACACGUAUCGAGGAACCUCCAUUUUUGAUCUGACUCCAAAACUUGCUAUGGACGGGUUGCCUUAUACAGGCAUCUUAUAUGGCAAUGGUCCAGGGUUUUCAAUCGUUAAUGGGACAAGAGAAAAUAUCACUACAGUCAAUUAUAUGGAUAAGGAUUAUAUGCAGCAGGCCGCUGUCCAGCUGGAUUCAGAGACUCACGGUGGAGAAGACGUGGCUAUAUUCGCUAAAGGCCCAAUGGCUCAUCUCUUCCAUGGUGUCAAGGAACAGAACUACGUUGCUCAUGCUAUGGCCUAUGCUGGCUGCAUUAAGCCAUACACAGAGUGCCCCCACAGGGAUAAUUCGGUUGCAAUUACUCAAGCUAAUACUGGCCUUGUUGCUGUGUUACUCUCCUUGUCCUACCUUGUAGGAAGAUGAGCUCGGCCAAUGAAGAGGCUGAUUGACCCCAUUUGGGAGGACCACUGUAACAAUCAUUCAGCUGCUUAUUUGCCUUUCUCAGGACUAAUCGUAACAACACUAACAUUUAUAAGCACUUUGCAAAUAUGCUGGAACAUGGUGCUAAGUUUUGGUAUUUAAAAAGUCUACACUGUAGUCUCCUAGCAGUUAGCAGAUAUUCAAGUUUACAAGCAAAAGGUGUUAUUCCAGCCCAUCUCAUUCCUUUGGUGAUUCUAGAAAUGUAUUAUCCCCAUAAAUAGCCCAAGCUACUUCAAUAUAAAAGUUGUAAAUUGGAUCACAAUCAGGGAGUGAAUUUGCUUUACAUUUUCAUAACAGCUUCUUAAAUUUUCUCAUAAUGUUUCAGAUGAGCUCUGUUUUUAUCUCAUUUUGUGCAAUUAUUAAAAUAGUCAAAUUGCAUAAUUCGUCAAAGAAAUGAUUUGUAUGGAUAAACUUGUGAACUGGA